CGGGCGAACUGGAGGAUGGAGGAGCAUACAAACCGUAAGCGGUUGGCCAACAGCUGUACACUGAAGAUAUGAUGUUUUAGCAUCAGUGCAUUCAGUCGGUGAGGGUGAACUUGUCGUUUUGGCCACUUUUGGUGACCAAAUAGAAAGAUGGCGCCGUCGGGUUCGCGCAGCGUUGACUGCUGGAGAGUUCUGUACUGGAUCCCUGUGCUGUUCAUCUGCGUGAUCGUGGCAUGGUCCUACUACGCGUAUGUAGUGCAGCUCUGCAUAGAAACUAUUGAAAAUAUGGGGGAGAAAAUAGUUUACCUCCUGGCAUAUCAUGUGCUUUUCAUCAUGUUUGUGUGGUCAUACUGGCAAACCAUCUUCACAAAAUCCAUGAACCCGCUCAAAGAGUUCCACCUGUCACACUCUGACAAAGAGCUUCUAGAGCAUGAAGAUCGUAGAGAAUCUCAACAGGAUAUCUUGAGACGAAUAGCUAAGGAUUUGCCCAUUUAUACACGAACAAUGUCUGGAGGUGGGCACAUUUUAAUUGAAGCACACCCUAAUCGUGCCAAGACAUUACUGAUAGCAGGCAAAGUCACUGUCCGCUACUGUGAGCUCUGUCUGCUGCUGAAGCCUGAUCGAUGUCAUCAUUGCUCUGCUUGUGAAAAGUGCAUUUUAAAGAUGGAUCACCAUUGUCCCUGGGUGAACAACUGUGUGGGCUUCUCCAAUUACAAGUUUUUUAUGCUCUUUCUAGCAUAUUCUCUGUUGUACUGCCUCUUCGUCAGUGCCACAGACUUGCAGUAUUUCAUUCAGUUCUGGACCAAUGGUCUGCCUGAUACUCAAGCCAAGUUCCACAUUAUGUUCCUGUUUUUCGCCGCCUCCACAUUUUCAGUGAGCCUGGCGUUUUUGUUUGCUUAUCACUGCUGGCUUGUCUGCAAGAACAGAUCCACAUUAGAGGCUUUCAGAGCACCUGCAUUCCAACAUGGACCAGACAAGAAUGGCUUCAGUUUAGGAAUGAACAAGAACUUUCGGCAAGUGUUUGGAGAUGAAAAGAAAUACUGGCUUCUGCCUAUAUUUUCAAGGUAUCUGGGCGAUGGCUGUUCGUUCCCCACGUGUCUAGUGAACCCAGACCCUGAACAGCCCUCCUCACCUACUGGACACAACCCUUCAACCAAAAGUGCUGGAGAAUCUCAUCUGUUUCCUUCAAAACCUUUAAGAGAGUCUCAGAGCCGGUUGAUCAAUAACACGCGGUCAGAGGGGAGUGAGGACAGAGAUAAGCGAGGUACAAGCAACCCAGCCUUGACUAUUGAGAAGGAAACUUAGGAACAUGGACAUAGGCUGGUUUAAUGGGACAGGAGUUUUGUGGUAGUUAUAUCUGUUGUCAGUUUUACAGUAAGGAAACCAUCUGUUCCUGUAAGUCUACACUGCUUAUGCACAGACCACUGCCCAUUCUCUCUUUAACAAGAGCUAUAAGUUGAGGAUUAUGGUGUGUGUAUAUGCAUGAAGUACCAGAGAGUAUCUUGUCUUCCUUGGAAACAGUAUGGCUAAAAACAAAUGUGCAUAAAGAUACCGACAGAAGUGACUGAACAUUUGGUAACAUUACAGUGGGACUUUACAUGGCUUACAAGUUCAUAUGAUAAAUGCCUUGAAUAUAGCUUGCAAGAUGUAGGCAGUGCUGAAGAAGGUAAACGUGAAGUAUUUAUGCAUGCUAUAUGGUGGUUCAUAGUUUUUUCCGUGUGUGAAAUGUGAAAAGCCUGCACUAAAACACAAUUUUUGUUUGUUGCAUUGUUGAAAUAAACAUAUUUUUUUCAUUCACUAUAUACAUACAAAUGCAUUUGUAUGCCAUACAUUUGUACAUCAUUAUCAAUAAUCUGUUUUAUUUGACCAAAGUCUCACUCCAAAAGUGGAUCUUCCCAAAUCACCCAUUAAUUCUGGAUCCCAGCUGCCCUGAAUUUUGCUAAGAAGGUUAUACAAUAACAAAAUGAUUGAUGCAGCAAAUCUUAUAGGCCGUUUUCAAUGCAAAUAUGCCAAAUUUACAUUUUGCUAGCAUAAAAUUAUUAAAGCAGGUGAAUUUUACACUAGACUCAUGUUCAAGGAUAUUCAGAUGGAAAAAAGCACAGGGAAGUCAAAAAUGUUCUAUAUGCACUUUGAACAGCGCUUGAAGCUGCACAUUAUUUUACAUUUCCAGUCAUCUUUGUCUUAAUAUUACCUACUAUUGAAUCAAUUGAAACAUGUUAAUAUAUGUACUACAACUGUAAGGAGAACGUUUCAUUAUUAAAUGUCAUUAUAUCAAGAUUAUUUUUAACAUACGUUUGCAUAACCAUGUUUGCACAGUUAAUGCAAAACUCAAAGAUGUUGUUUUUAAUGAUAAAGAUCACAUCUGAUUUAUCUAAGGGCUCUACUAAUGUACCUGCUACCAUAUUUCUUAUCUAAUUUUGAUUCCAGUUAUUGCAUGUAUAUGUACUUGAAUGUAUUUGUACUUGAUUUUGACUGAGGUGUGAACCAUACCUCAGAUAUGCCAAGACUUGUAGUAUGUUGUUGUCGGAUUUGUAGUUUUUAAUGGAAAUGUGUAGUAAAGGAUUCCAGCUGGUUAUUUUGUCAUUAGGUUCACAAACCACGCCAGAAAUAAACUGUGAUAUCAGAUGUAACACUGGUCUCUGGUUUUAUGCAUCUAGACCAGCUGAUUGUAUUUUGUAGUUGCAGUGCUGCUUUUGUUCCUUUUGAGAGUACAUUAAUUUCUGCCGGCUUGGAAUAGCUUAAUCUGUUUUUAUGUUUAAUGUCAUAUCUGUAUGAUUAGGCUACUGAAUGAAAUGCUUGGAUGAACUUUGUUAAUCUGUCAAAUGAAUAAACUAUUUUAU